AUAUAAAGACAGACACAUAUAAAGAACACAGGACUUAUUUAGGUUUCAGUGGUUUGGAAGCUUUUUUUCUUUCAUUGAAUUAUCCGACUGUCUCCAGAAUAAUGAAACCCAUUGCGUUCCUUCUCCUGCUCCUCCUGGAGACAAGCUUGGCUUACUCUUACGAGAAUGUGGCCAUGCGUGGAAAGGCGAGUCAGUCGAGCCGUAUUGACAGUGGGUUUUCAGCCGCCUACAAUUCAAUUGAUGGAAACCGUAAUCCUCAUUUCAAAUCUGGAUCCUGUAGCCACACUAUGCAACAGACCAACCCCUGGUGGAGAGUGGACCUGCUGCAUCCCUACAUGGUCACCUCCAUCAUCAUCUCAAACAGAGCAGACUGCUGCAAGGAGAGGCUCAACGGGGCGAAGGUUCACGUCGGCAACUCGUUAGAUGACAACGGUGCUGCAAACCCAGUUGUUGCUACAGUUGAUAGAACUGAUCAAGGAUCAACGAUCACUCUGACUCUCAAUAAACAUGUGGAGGGACGUUACGUCACGGUGGUUCUACCAGGAUCAGGGAAAAUCCUCACACUCUGUGAAGUGGUACAGGAAGUCUACGGGUACCUUGCCCCAACUGGAGAGAACCUGGCAGUCAGAGGAAAAGCCUCCCAGUCGUCAGUGUAUUCGUCUGGCACUCCAGAUAACGCCAUAGAUGGAAAUCCUAGCAGCAACUGGGACCACGGAUCCUGCACCCACACAAAAGACGACGUCCACCCCUGGUGGCGACUGGAUCUGGGAAAAACCCACAAAGUGUUCUCUAUUAAGAUAACCAACCGACAGGAGGCCAGUGAACGACUCAACGGAGCUGAGAUCCGCAUCGGAGAUUCCCUCGCAAAUUACGGCAACGACAACGCCAGGUGUGCUGUGAUCACAAGUGUCCCACCGGGUGGUGUCAGUGAGUUCCGUUGUAACGGGAUGGACGGUCGCUACGUCAACGUGUUCAUCCCCCGAAAAGAGUAUCUGACCCUGUGUGAGGUGGAGGUGUACGGCUCUCCUCUGGAUUAGGGAAGAAGAAGUUAACAAUACAAACCACAAACAAUUAGAAAUCAAUUCUUCACUAAAGCCUGACAGUAACUGUGAAAUUAUUUUUUAUGGCACUACUGGUACUAGAUAUUCAUUUGCAAGGCUGUUGUUGAGUCUUUUCAUUGAAAUCAUCAAUACUGAAAUAAAAUUGAAUCAUUUACACUGCA